CAUUUGGGACGUGGAACAACAUUUCACAGUAAAUUCCACAAUGAAGUGAAUCUCUGUGGGUUGAGAAGAAUCAACAAAAUGUCAACAAAUUUCCCGGAUGAUCUCCUGGGGCAGUACAAGGCGCUUUCCACGAAACUAAAAAAGGCGGAAAAGGCAGUUUUUAAGCGCUUUGGACCAAAUCUCCUGGAAGUAUCUGAGGAGUUUCAAUCCUUAGCCGGGAGCUUUUACACAGGCUUCCUGCCAGAGUAUUCUGCACUAUGCUGGCUGGCCGUGGCCAAGUGUGAGGGUUUAAUCGGAAAUGGGGUGACGGAAGUGGAUGCUCUGCUAAAAGCCGCAAAAGCCUUUGUGGAAGCUCAUGAAAAUUUGGAAAAGCUGAAUGUGCUCUCAAAUGCCGGGGAGCACCUCGAAGGGGCAUUGAGGUGCUACAAUCAAGCACUUGGAUGCCUCAGUGAGGAUUCCGCAAUGAGAGCAGCCAUCAUUCGGGAUAUAAAGCGAAUUAAACCAAAUGCAGAGAAUACCAGUAACUUCAAUUCCCCAUCCCAUAGGAUCUUUGACUUGGAAACAGCAGCCAAGGAGAGCAUCCAGGCGGGGGAUUUUGUGUCAGCUCUGGAGAAAUUGACGGAAAUCUGUGAUGAUGUUGGAGAAAGGAGAGUCGAAGCUCUGUACGGGAGUGUCCUGACACGAACAGAGAUCUCUCGAUUGCUGCUGCUGCUACUCCUCGAGCUUCCACCUGCUAGACAGUCACCUUCACACAUUAAACUCCUCGAAAGGUACACCAGCACUGAGUCAUGCUGGUCAGAAGCUGAAAAUCUACCCAUUGGAAUGGAUCAGGAACUUUUUCUGCAUCUCCAGGGUCUCGCUGUAGCGUGCCAGACCAAAGACAUCGAAGCUAUUCGUGCCUCCAGAAAUGACAUUAUUAAUUUCCGUGCAAUUUCACUGGAACAAUCUAUUCUCCUUCAGCGAAUCCUCGUGAGAUUUGAGGAUUCCGCGAAUACAUGCAGAGGCUAAAGUGACUCUUAUAGAAACAUAUAUAAAUAUAGCAUUUUUCCACGUC